CGUCCACUAAAUGCACUUAAAUUAACGUUUUGAUUUACAAAAACGAAAACAACACCAACAUCAGCUGCAGAAACACCAAACAAGGAACUUUGAAAAUCACCAGUCUCCUUUGGGAAUCCGAGAAGUGUCAUGUUUUCCCGCAGGUGGAGGUUCGGCUGGGACAGGUUCAGUGAGGUGGACCUUUUCAGUGGGCGACCUGAGUCCAAUGCAGAGACCCUCUCCCAGGCCAUCAGAGCUGCAGCAUCUGAGGAGCCGGACGCAGACGGCAGCGUGCUGUUUGGAAAUCUGCAGGGCACCGUGGUCGGCCUCAGAUAUUACACCGGAGUGGUGAACAAAGGGGAAAUGGUUGGCUUAGUGCGAGAGCCUCAGAAUCAGUACGACCGCAAUGCAGUGAUGGUCGCCAACACCUACGGCAACCAGGUUGGUCACAUCAAGAAGGAGCUGGCAUCAGCGAUGGCCCACGUCAUGGACAACAAUCUGGCGAAAGUAGAGGGGGUGGUGCAUUCAGGGUCAAAAAACUCCUUCACCAUGCCUCUGAUGCUCUCCUUCUGGGGGAGAGAAGAGAACAAAAAUGCAGUGACAGAAUACCUGACACGUCGUGGAUUUAAACUGAACACAAGUGGGAAAGCAACAGGUGCAAAUUCAAAGUCAUAUAACAGUGAAGCUGCUCGUGCUUUGGCAUCGAAAAAAGGUCUGACCAUCGCACUAACCGCAGAGGAGCUGAAGAAUGCGUUUGACAACCUGUUUGAAGGCCUGGUGGAGAGUAAAGAUGGAGAAAAAGAAGCUGCAAAGUCCGUGGGCACUCCUCUCCUGCCUCACCAGAAGCAGGCGCUGUCCUGGAUGUGCGCCCGAGAAAACAAGUCAGCACUGCCGCCGUUCUGGGAGAAGAGGGGAGAGCUGUACUACAACAGCCUCACGUGUUUCUCUGCCAAAGAGAUACCAGAGAGAGUCAGAGGGGGGAUCCUAGCUGAUGACAUGGGACUGGGAAAAACUCUGACCACCAUCGCUCUGAUCCUCACCAACUUUCAUGGAGGAAAGCCUCUGCCUGUGGAGAAAUGUACAGAGAAGUCUUCGCCUUUUAAAGCCAAAAGUAAAUCACAGACGGCCUCCAAACUGGAAGGAAGCAGCAGUGCAGUCGAUGGAGCACGAUUGUGCAACGCAGCAGCUGGUUCAGAUCUUCAUCAGGAUCAGGAGAUCUCACCAGACGUGCUGAAGAAAGUGGUCGAGUCAGAUAAAACCACAUGCAAAGGAGAGAUGAAAGCCAUCAAACGAAAGCAAGAGGCCCCGUUAUUCCUGGAGGAUCUGGGUUUUGCUGCUGCAAUGGGAGGCUCCGCUUCAGAUCUGGGCUCAAAGAAGAAGAAAAUAGUGAAGAAGGCCACUCCCACACCGGCUGUGGAAACCUCCAUCCCUGAGAGUGCAGAAGACUUAUCAGCAAGAGCGACUCUCAUCAUCGCACCGCUCUCUGUGCUCAGCAACUGGCUGGAUCAAUUAGAUCAACAUGUGCACGCUAACGUGAAGCUGAACGUGUAUCUGUAUUACGGCUCAGAGCGCAACAGGAGCAAGAAGUUUCUGUCCUCUCAGGAUGUCGUGAUCACAACCUACAACGUCCUCUCUGCUGACUUUGGGAAUAAGAGUCCCCUCCAUGGUAUCACUUGGCUUAGGGUUGUACUAGAUGAAGGACACGUCAUAAGGAACCCUAUUGCAAAGAUGAGUAAGGCCGUGCUGGACCUAAAAGCUCAACGGCGCUGGAUUUUGUCAGGUACUCCGAUCCAGAACAGCGUGAAGGAUAUGUGGAUGCUGCUGGCCUUCCUGCGUCUGAAGCCAUUUGAUGUGCGGGAGUGGUGGAACAGAGUGAUACAGAGACCCAUUACUCAAGGAGACAAGGUCGGACUGCAGAACCUUCAGACCCUGGUGAAGUGCAUCACCCUGAGACGCACCAAGACCAGCGAAGUGAACGGGCGCCCCCUGGUGUCUCUGCCUGAGAAGACAGUGUGCGUGGAGCAGGUGGAGCUGAGCCAGGCUGAGAGAGAGGAGUACGAGCUGGCACGUAACGAGGGAAGAAGCACCAUCAGCAGAUACGUAGCUGAAGGGUCCGUGUUGAGGAACUAUGCAGACGUGUUGGUCAUCCUGAUGAGGCUCAGGCAGCACUGCUGCCACCCGGACUUAAUCGCAAAAAUAACCUCAGACCUGGGUGCUUCAGCGACGCCUGCAGAGCUCAGGGAGCGUCUCAUAGAAAAGCUGCGCAUGGUGCUGGCCAGCGGCUCCGACGAGGAAUGCUCUGUGUGCCUGGACUCGGUCCGUCUGCCCGUCAUCACACACUGUGCCCACGUUUACUGCCGGCCCUGCAUCGCACAGGUUAUCAGCACCACGCAGGACGGGGCGCGCUGUCCUCUCUGCCGAAAUGAGAUCAAGACCAGUGAAUUGGUGGAAUUUCCACAGGAGGAAGUGGAGGAGGAUAAAAGUGUAAACUCAGAGAAGUGGAGGACGAGCUCAAAGGUGCAAGCGCUGAUGGGAAACCUGCUCAGGCUGCGAUGUGAAGACAGCGGCAUCAAGUCUUUGGUUGUCUCUCAGUUCACACGCUUCCUCACUAUACUGGAAACCCCACUCAGAGAGCAUGGUUUCAGUUUUGUGCGCUUGGACGGCAGCUUGAGCCAAAAGAAGAGGACUCAGAUCAUACAUGAGUUUCAGAGCUCCGACUCUGGCGGCCCUUCCAUCAUGCUCCUGUCACUCAAAGCUGGAGGGGUGGGGCUUAACUUGACCGCUGCCUCCCGUGUUUUCCUCAUGGACCCUGCCUGGAAUCCUGCCACCGAGGAGCAGUGUAUCGACCGCUGCCACCGUCUGGGACAGAACAAGAAAGUGUUCGUAACCAAGUUCAUUGUGAAAGACUCAGUGGAGGAGAACAUGGUGAAGAUCCAGAGGCAGAAGCAGGACCUGGUGGAGAAAGCUUUCGGCUCUACAAACACUGACAGGAAAACAUCUCGCAUUGAUGAAAUCAAAGCUCUGAUGGAGCUGUAGAUGUUUCCAUCGGAACCUGAACUGAUGCAAACAAACAAACAAACAAUAAACAACACCAAGAAUAAGUUGUGUUUCAACUUACACUUGAUUGAGUUCUUUAUUUGGGGUGAGUUCUCUUGUCUGUUCAUCUGAAGGGCUGCAGAGUUUUGUCACAUUUUAAUCAAUUCAUCGACAGUUGAUCACAAAGAUUCUUCUUUUUUACUUCUUGUUGCAGUUUAAUUUUCAGGAUGCACUGCUUAGCAAGCUCCCAGCUUUCUUAUAUAUAGUGCAUCGAACUGGGUUGUCUUGAUUUAUUUGAUCACAAAUCCAUCACAGACUGUAGCUGUGGAGGCAUUUGUUCUAACUCGUUACCAAGCGGUGUCCUCGGGUGUUAAAAACGAAGAUGAUUUGGAAGUGCAAAGAAGUGCAGUUCCUCAAGUGUCCACUUGAGGCUGCCUCCAAAAGCCAAAGAACUCCCUUUAGAGACAUAUCAUGACCAAUAUCAAAGCAUAGUUAAACAUGUUUACAGCCUGGUUCAUAAAGCAUAAAGCAGUCAUUGUGUUUGUACGUGAAGUUUUUUAUAACUCAUCUGUUUUGAUUAUAUGAAGGUUUAGAGUUGACUCUUGUGGCUGAUUAGACUGAUGGGUGGCAGCGUUGCAAGUAUCUGUGAGGUGGCAAAGUUAUGGCCACGGCUCCACCUUUUAGCCAGUUUCUUGAUUAGCCACAAGCUAGAUAGUGUCAACAUUUCCAAUAUGGUGACCGCCAUCUUUGGUCUUCAAAACACCUCUUCAGAAUCUGUCACUUAAGACGCUGAGACUACAUCCAUGUUUUACGGGGUUAAUGGUUAUUAACUUUUGAUGAAGGUUUACAGCUGUUGUCAUCUGAUGUUCUGUGUAUCAGAUGUUUUUUCCUGCCAUCUCUGGGUUUAAGAAAUGUCGAUUUGUUGUUUUUGUAGUUGACCAAUCACAGAGCAGCGUUCAGAACAUCAGUGGUUCAUUCAAUGCAAACAUGGAAUAAAAGGACAAUUUGUUACGA